GUCUCGGGUUGUCUCGCGGUAGUUGACUAAGGGAAUACGCGAAGAAGAAGCAGUCGGUGAGCUGACUAUCAGGGCGGACCGGGUUCAAACCAACAGUUGUUUCAAACGGUAAAAUGGACGUCGGGUCCACGUUCUGGUGAGUUCACGGUCCGCAGGCCGCUGCUGACUUCACUACAACAUGGACGUAAACACGGUUAGUCGAUCUCCCAGAGAGGAGGGGGAGCUCGAAGACGGAGAGAUCUGCGAUGAUGAAACCGAGGAGAGUGUGCCAUUCCGGCGGGGGGAUGGUAACAGGCCGGGCGGCCGCGGGGCUCCUCCACCACGGACACGAAAACCCCACCAACACCCGCCAAACAUGCUGCCACACAUGGGCCACCAGCCGCCAGAUUUCCGCAUCCUGAUGCCAUACAACCUCGGACCUCAUGGACACGGCCCUUUCCCCCCGGGCCACAGGCAGCAGUGCGGGCCGAGCGGGCCCGACCGGCCUCCCUCUCCUCUGCCGCUACCUCUGCCGCCGCCGCCGGGUCACGGUCCACACGGGGAGCCCAGCCCGCGGUCCAGCUUCUGGGAGCGGAGCCACGGCGCCCUCGGCAGGUUCAGGCACCGGUCCAUGUCGAACUGUGGCCGCGGGGCCUGGAACCGAGGUAACAGACCUCCCCCUGGUCGUUACGGGCCCGGAGAGAGUCACAGCAACAGGACUGACUCUCCCUCGAGAAAACAGAAGCUGCUGGGCCGGACUCAGACCAGGAAAGCAGCUCACAGUGUUUCCAAACCUGAGAACAGUGUUGACGAGUCCUUCGAGGACUUGCUGUCCAAGUAUAAACAGAUUCAGCUGGAGCUGGAGUGCAUCCGUAAAGAGGAGACCAUGGCCCUGGAGCCCAAAGCCUCCCCCGUCAGAGAGGACACCCCAGACAACGCUGCCAGUAUUACAGAGGCCAGACCGGCGCCAGAAGCGGCUCACAGUCCAGCGGGACCCGAGGAUCCGUCGGAGCUGGAGAAGGCCGAGAGGAAAGUGUUCCAGGCGUUCAACAUCAAACCUCUGCGUCAGAAACUGCCCACUCCCGUCAAUCUGGACGAGCUGAAGAGGAAGUGGGCGGGGCAGGACGGAGGAGGCGGAGCUGUCAAAGAGGGUGAAGGAGAGGAGAAGAUGGACGAUGGAGGAGAGACGGAGCAGAAGCCGGAGGUGGAGGUGGAGGAGAAGACGUGUUUGUGCUGCAGCGAGGACACGGACAGAGACGAGAAGGACAAACCUAAAAAGACGUGUUCGUGUCGCAGAGAGUCGUCGGCCUCCAGCGAGGACUCCCUCAUCUCUCCUGACAAGCAGCCGGCGGUGAAGGUGGAGGAGGAGGAGCUGUCGGAGCUGCAGCUGCGUCUCCUCGCUCUGCAGUCGGCCAGUAAGAAGUGGCAGCAGAAGGAGCAGCAGGUGAUGAAGAAGAGUAAAGACCGAAUCACCAGAGCCGCCCAGGAGAAGAGCUCCGCCCCCGCAGCCGCUCCCCCCGGCAGGCAGAGGGUCACCACCAGGUCCGCCUCCUCCGCCACAGCUGCUGCUGCUGCUGCAGAGAGGAACAGAACCAGGUCCAAACCUCUGGAGAGGGACAGAGACAGGACCAAGGCUGGACCCAGACCUCCAGACAGAGACAGAGAGAGAGUCCCAGAGAGAGACAGACCAAAACAGAGUCCGAAACCUGGUCCCAAGUCUCUGCUGGAGAGAGGCAGGGCUGCAGGGAAACCCCACCCCAACAAGAAGAUGAUCAGUCCAGGCUCAGCCGCCAAGCAGGCGUUCAGGAAGCAGCAGCUGAGGACGUGGAAGCUGCAGCAGCAGAGGGAGCAGGAGGAGAAACGCCGCCAGGACGAGGAGGAGCGGCGAAAACGAGAGGACGAGAUCCGGCGAAUCCGAGACCUGUCCAACCAGGACGAGCAGUACAACCGCUUCAUGAAGCUGGUGGGAGGGAAGAUGAGGACGCGCAGUAAAUCCAGAGACCGUGAACACAGGAAGUCCACAGGUAAACAAGGCCUGGACGCCUCAGGGAACCUCUACCAGUACGACAACUACGACGAGGUGGCGAUGGACACGGACAGUGAGACCAGUUCACCAGUCCCGUCUCCAACACACAACCCGUUCAGCGCCGACGACCCGGGAUGUUUCCCUCAGGUGUCUCUGUACAUGACGGACUCUGCUCAGUUCAGACUGGAUUUCUCUCAGCCCUUCCUCUCCCCCAUGUUGUCCGGUGUCCCUCCCCCGCCUCCCCCUCUCCCCCCUCCACCAGACGAGUUGGAGCCUCCCCCCAAACCUCCCUUUGCCGAUGAGGAAGAGGAGGAGGAGAUGCUGCUGAGGGAGACCUGUCUGAUGUCCAUGGCCAACAAGAGGGUGGUGGCGCCCGAGGAGAAGAGCUCCAGCGCUCCUCCCUCCCCGAGCCGUCAGCCUCCCGCAGGCGUCCAGCAGCCGCCCAGAGGAAACCUGAGCACCGUCAGUCUGAACACGGUGUCUCAGCCACGAGCCAACAAGUUCACCAGAGGUCAUCACGCCCCCAGAGCGCCGCUGGUGCUGCCCAGACACAAGUCCGUGGUGGUUUCUCUCAACGACUCUGACGACAGCGACUCGGACCUGGACGCCUGCAGCUCCACACAGGCCGUGUUCGGAGGACUGGAGUUCAUGAUCAAAGAAGCCAGGAGGAGCGUGGAGGCUGCGAAGCCUAAAGGAGCCUCCGGAUCGGAGAAAGAGAACAACCCGGUCAGGACUCCUGAGGCGCUCCCAGAGGCCAAGAAGGCCGAGUACCGUCUGCUCAAAGAGGAAAUCGCCAGCAGGGAGAAGCAGAAGAUGCUGAAGGAUCACAGUCCGAGUCCUCGGAGCUCCGCCUCCCCGGCCGGCUCCGAGUCUGUGCUGGAUUCAUCGGGGAAAAGUGCUGCAGAGGUGAAGCUGAGUGAGGCCGAGCAGAGACUCAACAAGAACAGGGAGCUGCUGCAGAGAGACGAGGCCGUGCUCAGACAUCUGCUCCAGCAGGAGCUGAAGAAGAGAGAGUCUCUGAAGGCCGCUGAGGCCAAAGUGGCCAAACUGAGAGAGCAGCUCCAGGCCUCAGACAAGAUCGUCAGCGCCAACAAGACGCUGCUGAAGAAGCUGCAGGAACAGGUGCAUCGUGUCGAACACAGAGUGUCCAUAAAGAAGAGUCUGGCUGUCAGGCUGGAGCAGGAGCUGGCUCAGGCGCAGCUCGCUGCUGGAAGAGGAUCCAAGCGCAGAACAGACAACCACACCAACCUGCCCAGUAAGCUGCAGCGUGUGGACGGCGCUCCUCGCGGCUCAGAGCGUCACUUUGCAGAGCUGAUUGCUCAGAAGCAGCGGCUGCAGCAGCUGGAGUCUGAAUACGCCCUCAAGAUCCAGAAGCUGAAGGAGGCUCAGGCCCUGCGCAACAAAGGAGCGACACCAGAGCCGCCUGCAGAGCCGCCAGUACGAGCUUCCACCCCCCCUGACCCUCAGAUCCAGAUCCCACACCCCUCCCCCUCCAGCCCCUUCCCUCUGCCCCAGCCCUCCCUGCACGACCUCACCCAGGACAAACUCACCCUGGACAGCGAAGAUGUCGCUGAGGCCGAAGAUCACGAAUCAGAACCUGCAACGGCAGCGGCUCCUGCCCCCGCUGCUAAAGGCCCCCGCCGACACUCCCUCCGUCAGUCCAGCAGCUCCUUCACCAAACCCAACCUGGAGCAGCUGAGCUCCACUCCAGCCAAAGACAGCAGCACCGCCAAACCCGCCAAGACCGCAACCAGCUCCGAGGCUCCCGCAGAGAUGUUUGCAGGUCUGGACCUGGACGCUCUGAAGCUGAGGUACCAGCAGCAGGCCCGGCUGGGAGAGCUGCUGCUGACGGAGCUGCAGAACCUGGAGGAAAACGAUGACCGCCCCCCAACUGGACAGGUGCUUCCAGUGGAGAUGGAGGCAACAACAAGUCAGUCAGGAAGCUCGGAGCUGAGACCUGUUCCCUUUGGAGCGUAUCACAGCCCUCUGCUGGUCUUCAGAUCAUACAGGUUCAGUCCGUAUUACAGGACCAAGGAGAAGUUAUCACUGAGCUCCGUGACAUACAGCAACAGCCUUGAACCCAGGAAGUGUUUCUGCCGCUUCGACCUCACAGGAACCUGCAACGACGACGACUGCAGAUGGCAGCACAUGAGAAACUGCACUCUGACUGGAAACCAGCUCUUCCAGGACAUCCUGUCGUACAACCUGUCUCUGAUUGGCUGCUCUGACAGCAGCUCGGACGAUGACAUCAGUGUUGCCACAGAGAAAUACAUGAAGAAGCUGUUUGGCACAAACAAAGGUCGUAUGGGCGUCGACCAGAAGGCCGUCCUCCUCGUCAGCAAAGUGAACGAAAGCAAACGACACGUUCCUCCCUUCACCACCUGUAAAGACGUGAGGAGGUGGAGGCCCAAGCCGUCGGCUCAGAGCGGCCUCAGCCCCGAGGACGACGCGAGCACGAGGCCGCAGGCGGAAGCGUCACAGCUGGAGGAUACGACCAGCCUGUCUGCGUUAGACGUGUGUGUCACAUCAGAGGACAAGCGUUACUUCAUCAGCGAGACGGACGACAUAUCAAACCUGGAGACCAGCGUCCUGGAGAGUCCUCGAGACACUCAGCUGUGGAUCAAACUCGCCUUCAAGUACCUCAGUCAGAAUGAGACGUCUGCAGCAGAGUGUUUGGAAGCCGCUCUGAACACGCUGUCUCGUGCUCUGGAGAGUAACUGUGACAACCCGGAGGUGUGGAGCCACUACCUGUCCCUGUUCUCCAGGCGAGGCAGCAGGGAGGAGGUCCAGGAGAUGUGUGAGAUGGCUGUGGAGCACGCGCCCGACUACAGAGUGUGGUGGAACUAUUUGAACCUGGAGAGCUCGUUCGAGGGGAAGGACUACGUGUGCGAUCGUCUGCUGCAGUUUCUCGUCACAGAGGCGUCACCGUCUUCAGGCGUCACGGACAAACUGUCCUUCCAGCUGAUGGAGUCUCUGCUCUACAGAGUUCACCUCAACCUGUUCACGGGCAGGAUGGAGAGCGCUCUGGCCAUUUUACAGAACGCCUUGAAGUCAGCCCAUGACAGGAGCAUCGCCGAUCACCUGACAGCCAGAGACCGGGCCUUGGUCUGGCUCUCCUACAUCCACCUGACGGAGUUCGACCGGCUGCCGUCCGGCCCGUACGACCCGGCGGAGUCCGGUCCGUCCAGACUGGUCAGCAGAGAGUCCUUCCUGCUGCCGUGGAAGACGCCGCAGGACGUCAGCACGCCGCUCGACAUCCUCAUCGCUCUCUUCCAAGACGCCGUCCACCAGUGCAGCGACGAGUCUCUGUCUCCGAGCGAGAGGACGCUGGCCUGUCUGCCUCUCCACACCAACCUCAUCUUCCUCUACAGACUGCUGCAGAGGUACGACGAGGGCGUCGUCCUGUGUGAGUCUCUGCUGGAGGCGUGUCCUGAGUCCUGCGCGCUGCGAGACGCUCUGGCCGACCUCCACAUCAGGAAGGGAGACGGCGAUCAGGCGGUCAGCAUGUGGCUCCACGCUCUGGCCGAGUGUCCCAACAACGCAGAGGUCUUCUAUCACUCCUGCAAGUUCCUCAUGUCCCAGGAGAAGUCGAGCGCCGUGGUUCCUCUGUUCCGAGGCUUCGUCCUGUCUCUGUGUGACGACGAACAUGGGCAGAAGAAGCCGGAGGACGUUCUGCGUCACAUCCUGGGUUUCCCCACCGAGGAGCUGCUGCGAGGCCCCGUCAUCAAGAAGGAUCUUCAGGAGCAGCUCAGUCAGCAGACGCCUCACCUCCACCUCAUUCACUGUCGCUGGCAGUGGCUUCACGGCUCAGCGGAGGACACGGUGGACGCCUUUGAGAGAGCGCUGGGAUCGGCCAUGCAGCUGGACGAGCUUCACAAACUGUGGAUGGAUUACCUGGUGUUCAGCAGCAGUCAGCUGACUCGUGGUCCCACCAGCUCUCAGUCCAGACUGAUCUCAGACCUGGUGCAGCGCUGCCUGAGCACCGUCCCGUCUCGACUGGAGGUUCCCUUCAACCCCGCAGAGUUCUGGAGCUGCUACCGCUUCCACAACAAGGUGGUGUCUUUCUACCUGAGCUGCCUGCCCCAGUCCCAGCAUGCACUGGUGCUGGAGAGACUGAGAUACGCCAUGCCCAACAACACUGAGCUGGGCCUGAGGUUGCUGCGUCAGGAGUGGCAGGACGGGAACAUGGAACACCUGAAGUUCCAGUCCAGGAUGUUGAGCAGCAACUGUCCCAGGAGUGUGUCCAGCUGGAGGAUAGCGAUAGCUGUGGAGAGGGAGCUGAAGGAGCGAUCGGAGGUGAGACUUCUCUAUCAGCAGGCGCUCCAAAACCUCCCACUGUGUGCUGCCCUGUGGAAAGAUCGGCUGCUGUUUGAAGCGGCAGAAGGCGGAGCCUCAGAGCGGCUCAGGCGGUUGGUGGACUGGUGUCAGCAGGUGGGAGUGAGUUUAGUCGGUCGAGUUCAGACUGAAGAUCACUGACGUCUUUGGCUCCGCCCCCUCUACCUCAGACUACACCUGUACUGUUCUCCCCCCCGACAAUAACAAAGCAGCUGAUUGGCUGCAGAUGAUUGAGUGAGAGCAGACAAUCAGACGAGGUAAGACAGACGUCCCCCCCUCCGCCUCCCCCAGGACUCCUCGGAGGCCCCCCCUCCCUCCAGUGUCCACAUGUGGACAGCUAAUGUCCGUCUCACCUGUACGUAAGUAUCGAGCUGCUGAGUGACAGUGUCUCACUUCAUGUCCUUCUGUUUCUCUCACUUUCAUUUGGAUUCAUCUCCCUCCUUUUGUUUUAAGU